UUCUCAUCUAUACCCCCGCACCACCAAUCCAAAUCCCACAGGGUUGGUAGAUGGAGGCACUAGUGGAAGUGUGUGAACCCGCAGAGGUUCGAAUUGAGUUCGCACUGAACUGCAAAUGUCGAGCCACGGUUCGGAUUCGGUCUCUAACCCAAACCACACCAGUUGCCUUCAAGAUCCAAACCUCAUCACCAAACAAAUUCCUAGUCAACCCGCCCAGUGGACUCAUUCAACCUCUAUCCUCCGCCACCUUCCAAGUCAUUCUAAAGCCACAGUCCCACCUCCCUCACUCCUACCCUCGCUCCCCCUCGGAUCGUUUCCUAGUCAAAACAGCCGAGUUCUGUGCUAACUCGUCCUGCUCAACUCACCCCGAGUCAAUCAACUCGUGGUUCGCCUCGCGCCCCUACGGGUUCAAGACUCUGGACAUCAAACUGAAGGUGGCAUUCGUUGGCCCCAUCCUCCUCAACGACGCCGUCACGCGCGGAGAUUUAGACGCGGUUAGGAACUUGAUUAAACGACAGCGUUCCAUGCUCGCCGAGUUGUCACCCACCCAAGCCGAGACGCUCCUCGGAGCCGCCACCAAGCUGCUCAACCCGGACGACAUGGUUCACCUCCUCCUCGAAGCCGGCUUGAGAAUAAUCCCCAAUCCCAAUAAUGCCCCUGAUCAAGUACACGUGGCAGAUACAAAUACAAACAUAAAUGAGGGAGAAGAAAUAUUUGAGGCUUCGAGGAACGGACACGUGGCGGAAGUGGAAUCGCUGUUACGGAGAUGUGGUGGGAGUGUGAAGUACCGUGACCAGUAUGGUCUGACGGCGGUUCACGCGGCGGCUUUUAAAGGGCACAAGGAUGUGUUGAUGGUGCUUAGUGAAUUAUCGGAUUUGGAUUUGGAAUGUGAAGACCGGGAAGGUCACGUGCCGCUUCACAUGGCUGUGGAGAGUGGCGAUGUAGGGACCGUGAAAGUGUUGGUUGAGAAGGGAGUGAACCUUAAUGCUGUGAAUAAGAGGGGUGCUACCCCUUUGUACAUGGCUAAAAUUUGGGGGUAUGAUGAUAUAUGUCAAUUGCUUGUUAGCAGGGGUGCCUUGUAUUCUCUAACUUCGACUUCGGGUUGAAAAUGUAUCUGUAAUGAAAUCUUAGAUUGUUUAACAAGUUCAGCAUAAUGAUGCUGCCCAAUGUUGUUACUUGUUAUUGGGACUUGGGAGUUUCACAUGAAUAAGUUUCUACUUAAAUUACUAUUUGAUAGAGGUAGUAAAAAUGUGUAAGGGUCUUCUUAAA